AUGCCGAGCUUACUAGGAUUGAGCUUCAAUAAGAAGAAGUCGUCUGAGAGCCUGAAGGGCCUUUCGCCUCUCCACUCGAUCAACCGUGAGGAGUCGCAUGGGCACGGCGGUGGUGCCGGCUCGCCGGUUCAUCACCAUCACAACCGGUCGUUCAACGAGUUGACGCGGUUCUUCCGUGCGACAAUGCGCAAGAAGACGACGGCCUCGUCCCAAGUACACCAGACACGAUCGGCUGAGCACCAUCAGUCGCACCUGCAAAAUGCCAUUCCCCCGAGCUCGGACUCGACUCUCUCGCUAGCAAACAAGACCAGCAUUUACCACGAUGACUCCAUCCUCGCUCAGAAGUAUGGUAAGCUUGGGAAGGUGCUAGGGUCGGGAGCCGGCGGUUCGGUCAAGGUGCUCGUGCGGCCAUCGGACGGGCGGACAUUUGCGGUGAAACAGUUCCGACCGCGUAGGCCCGGAGAAUCCGUCAAGGACUAUGCUCGAAAGUGCACAUCUGAAUACAUGAUAGGUUCAAUGUUGCACCACCCAAACGUCAUUGAGACCUUGGAUGUGUUCUCAAAUAGCAAACAGAACCAGUACUACGAGGUGAUGGAGUACUGUCCGGUCGAUUUCUUCGCUGUGGUUAUGUCGGGACAGAUGUCGCGAGGCGAAAUUAACUGCUGCUUCAAGCAAUUAGUAGAAGGGGUGAAUUAUUUGCACUCAAAGGGCUAUGCUCAUCGCGAUUUGAAGCUCGAUAACUGCGUAAUGACACGUGAUGGGAUAUUGAAGCUAAUUGAUUUUGGUUCUGCAUUUGUAUUCAAGUAUACCUACGAGGCCGAUGAAAAGAUGGCCCAUGGUGUGGUGGGAAGCGAUCCUUAUUUGGCACCAGAAGUGCUGACCUCAACCAAAUCGUACAGCGCGCCACUAGUAGACAUCUGGUCCAUCGGAAUCAUAUAUUGCUGCAUGAUUUUGAAGCGGUUCCCAUGGAAGGAGCCUCGCCUUACUGACAACAACUUCAAGGUUUAUUGCAUGCCUGAUGAUCAAGAACAUGAUUAUGUGAAGAGCGCCAAGGAGCAUGAGGCUUUGAUGCAGAAACGACGCGAAGAACGUGAGCGCGAGAAGCACAAGGCAGAGUUGGUCAGCAAGCUACCUACUCCACCGUGUGAGCCUACCAAGAACUCUCCUACAGACCAGCUAUCUGGAAAAACAGAAGAGCCAUUGGCUGCGAAGUCACCUAGUGCCAGCCAAGACCCACCACCGGAGUUACGCCUGCAGGUCGCGUCUCCCAGUAAGGAUACUCAUGAGAAGACACAUGUGCUUGUAGAGAGCCAUGUGCCAAAUUCGGCUAAUUCUGAGCAUUCCGAACACUCUUCAAGCACAGCCCACAUGGAAAUGAAUGUUCCUCCGCCAAAAGCCCCUGCCAUCAUCAAUGAGACUGUAUACGCUCAGCCGCAGCCAGUACGCGAUAUACAUAUCACGUUACCUGCUGGCCAAGAAGGGGCACAAGCUGAGGGCACUGAUUCUUCUAUAGAGCAACCGGCUGCAGACAAACAUGGUCGCGCUAUGGACAAUAAUCAACGAGCGGAGCAUUCAGAUGGUGGGCACAGCUCUCACCUUGACGUUCCCCAACCCGGAGCAGUUCCUCCGCCGCAUGAGGCACAGCGCACUCAGCAAAACCAAGUACAGGAUACAGGAAAGACAGAUGCUACACGGACAGGAGAAACUCCGCUCAGGUCGGGGAGCUCGACCCAGAUUGCUAAUACAGAUGCUCCGAUAAAGAAACAGAAAAAAGUCAUACGCGGCCCGUAUAUCUUACUCCGCCUAUUGCCACAUGCCUCAAGACCCAUCAUGUCCCAGAUAUUGCAGGUUGACCCGACAAAACGUGCCAGAAUGAAAGAUAUACUCAGUGAUGAGUGGUAUCAGGGUGUCAAUCAGUGUACUAUGGAUGAAAGGAAAAAGGUCAUUCGAGCAGCGGGGCAUUCGCAUACAAUCGUUUCGGAGGAAAACGCUCAUAUCGAAACUUAUAAAGUAUGA